CCCACCCCGGCGCUUAAAACUCAAUGGAAAUUUCCAGCCAUUCUACUCACAGCUAUAUUAGCAGAAGCGCCCGGCAAGGUAGACGGAAGUAGACAUUAACGGCUCGAAACAAUCCUAAAGAAUAACUACCAGACAAUCUCCUGGACUCUACUCAUUGAUUUGACUGAAGAACACUUGGAUCUACAUCACUACAUUUUACACUUCUCUCUUCACCUUUUUAAAGUCAACAUGUCUCAGCAGCAGAUCAGCCUCCCAGCCAAACUCAUCAAUGGCGGUAUUGCUGGCAUUGUCGGGGUUACUUGUGUCUUCCCCAUUGACUUGGCAAAGACCAGGUUGCAGAAUCAGAGACAAGGUCAGCAGGUCUACAAGGGCAUGAUGGACUGCCUUGUCAAAACGGUUCGAUCAGAGGGGUACUUUGGCAUGUACAGAGGUGCUGCUGUAAAUCUGACCCUGGUCACUCCUGAGAAGGCUAUCAAGCUGGCUGCUAAUGACUUCUUCAGACAUCAUCUGACCAAGGAUGGAAAGGGGCUGACUGUGUUGAAAGAGAUGUUGGCAGGUUGUGGUGCAGGAAUGAGUCAGGUCAUUGUCACUACCCCCAUGGAAAUGCUCAAGAUACAGCUACAGGAUGCGGGCAGACUUGCGGCCCAGCAGCAAAAGCCAGUCAUGGUGUCGGCCACCAAGAUUGUGGCCACCAACACCGUGCUCAGCCGCUCCUACAACUCUGGCAUGGUGGUCUCAGCACCACGAGCUGUAUCUGCCACACAGAUCGCAAAGGAACUCCUGUAUACGCAGGGCAUCAAGGGGCUCUACAAAGGUCUGGGGGCAACACUAAUGAGGGAUGUUCCCUUUUCUGUUGUCUACUUCCCGUUAUUUGCCAACCUGAACAGCCUGGGCAAACCCAGGCCUGAGGAGUCAUCACCCUUCUAUUGGGCUUUCUUCUCAGGCUGUGUGGCCGGAUCUACUGCCGCUGUGGCUGUUAACCCCUGUGAUGUGGUGAAGACUAGACUGCAGUCGCUGAACAAAGGGUCCAAUGAGGAGACUUACAAUGGCGUUAUGGACUGUGUGAGUAAAAUUAUGCGGAAGGAGGGACCGUCUGCCUUCCUUAAAGGUGCCGGCUGUCGAGCUCUGGUCAUUGCUCCUCUGUUUGGCAUUGCACAGGUUAUGUACUUUGUUGGCAUUGGCGAAUACAUUAUGGACAACUCGCCUCUAAGUCUCCUCUCUCCAUGAGAGUGGAUCAACUUGCUGGCUGGCUAUGCACAGGACCUUCCUUCCUGGGGGAACAACUGGCAGCUACAUCAGACCAGUUUACAACAACUAAAAAAAUUAAAUUCCACAAGACUUGUUUGAGUCAGAAAGGCUUCAGGGUCUGAAGACCUAAGAUUUCAUCUUGUGUAUGGUCUGACAGCUGUGUUGCACUAAACACUUUUGUGACUUAUUCAUUAGGAUAUGGCCAAUGUUUGCACUUGAAGCUGUUGGCCUUACUGGGCUGGGGGUCUCACAGUUGCAGUGUGAUUCUUUGUCCCUAAGACAGUCCUGCGUUUCCCUCUGUGAGGGAGGGGAGCUCACUCCAUCAAUAGACCUAUUUUUGUGUAAUCUCACUUUUCACAUUAUUUUUUAUCUGUAUGCUCAUUUUAUUUUGGAUUGCUGAAAUGCAGCAGCUUGCAGUACUUUUUCUGUUUUAACAUUUGAUAACAAGGCUUUGAGGGGAAUACAUGAGGUCCAAUUUACACAUUAUUGCAAAAUUAUAUUAUUAUUUUCCCUUAACAUUUUAAGCAGAAACUCUGUUGUUUAGGUGGACUGAUUGUAUUGACAUGGGACCAUAUAAGUUUGCCAAACCAUAACAAUGUCCUGUUACACACCUGAUGUGAAAUACUUGAGAAGCAUUCAUGCACAUUAUAUGUAUGUUUAUCCACAUAACCUCAGUUUAGACAUUUCAAUAUGCAUACCUACACUUUACACGAGUAUUUUUGGUGUAUGCCUUAUGAGAGCAGAUUGACAUUUCUCUCUAAAGAAACAAGCAUUAUUUUGACUAAGCAUGUAAAAGAUGACUGUUACCAUGUUUUGUUUGUGAUGGCUUUUUGUACAUACUGUGUACUGUACAAUAAACUUGCAAUGCACUCA